UAUGUCUUUUGCCUGAAGCCUAAGAGAUGGAAGGCGUUGACACAUUCACUGUGGCAAUAUGGCAAUCAAGGAUAGACUGGAUGAGCCUGGUAAUUAUAAGCUCUCAUCAGCUGAAUGUUACUCUCCUACGCUAUCAACAGCCGAAGAAAAGGAAAAACAAAUCUUGCAGUGUCUUCUGGAAGAGGAGGAAAUCUCAUCAGCAUUUUGGGAAUUGAUUCGUCUCAAGAGAUCACUAUCGUUAGGAGUGUCAGUUGGAAUUUUCCAUACGAUUGCAUUUCUGGAUAGGAAUUCUGCAUUUCAACUUUUCAAGAUUUGGAAAGAACCACCAAGUGAUGAUGAGGUGCCUGUAGUGCUGUCAUCAAGCUGAAAUCAACACUACUCCUCCCUUAAUUCUAAUGAUGUGUGAGUUGAGUCGAGAAACCUAAACGCUUCAUUGGAUUGCAAGGAAGUACUGAUUCAAGACAGAACAAUCUCUGCAAAUUUCUCUUCGUGAGGUGGAUUUGUAAAUUGGAUUUCCAUCAGCGGUGCACCGGAGUGCAUUUCCGCAUCAACACCACCUGUACGCAUGUAGAUCUCCGUAAGGCACGUCGCUAGAUCUGGUGUUAUAGCGCGGAUGCUAAUAUAGCUAAAUGCAAUCAAUGUUAUGUGGUCCCUUCUGGGUGUAGACCUUGCGCUGGGAUUGCUAAUUGUCUUGAUUUCGUUUGCGCUUAGCUCCUUGUGUAAAUCCAACUGACAACCUGUCACUGGCUAAAAGUUAAUUAACUAACAUUCAGAGAAAUAAUUAGGCCAGGACACAGCAGUGCAUGAAAAAUUGGAAUGGAUGAUUGGUUUUUAUUAAAAGUGAAAAGCUUGAUCAAUUUUGUUAAGUAGAAAGCUUGAACAAAUAUUGGA